CGAUCGGGGGGUGUUGUUGUCAUCGUGGGCAUGGGUCCGCCCGAAAUGAAGCUGCCUCUGUUCAACGCCUUAGCUCGAGAGGUAGACAUUCGCGGUGUCUUCCGUUACUGCAAUGACUAUUCGGCCGCCUUGGCCCUGGUGGCCUCUGGUAGAGUGAAUGUCAAGCGCCUUGUCACCCACCAUUUCGAUAUAACUGAGACACAGAAAGCAUUCGAAACUGCUCGGGAUGGCUUAGGUGGUGCCAUCAAAGUUAUGAUACAUGUACAAAAGAGGAAUACCAACAAUCCUGUAAAAUGUUAGUUUGUAGAUUGUAGUAAGCCAUGAGCUUAAAUUCCGAAAGCAUGUCAUAUGUGGCGUUAACAGAAACAAUAAAUUUAUUAGCUUGGUACAAAAUUAUCCGUUUGUUUUUAUAGUUUCCAAAUUGUUUGUAUUUAUAUGAGCUAAGUUUCGAACAUUAAAAUUUGGAGUCAAGCUACCAAAAACAGACAAAAGGUCCAAUAUGCUGCCUUGGCAGCUACCUCGCCCUCUUUACGCUAUGUUUGGAUGUUGCCGUCCAUUGGCUCUGAUGGCCCGAUACCGUAAUGAAGGUAAAACUGGCACCGACUGUGAGUUGAAGAAACGAGGACGAAAACGAGAUCAAUUGGUUAAGACUGAAGAAAACGUUGAUAAUGUUACGGAAAAGCAAAAUGCUACCACUUUCAAACCCACACCAGAGUCCAAUUUACGGCCUUUAAAUCAAAACCAAGAUAUGAAUGUCAAGUUAUACUCAGGUGUUCACACAUUGGGAGUAGGGGCGAAAGCCUUUGUUGCUAUGGCCGUUAUUAAGAAAAAGGAAUCUAGUCGAAGAUUAUCUAAGCCUGAAAUGCAAAGCACAUGUGAUGCGGCUAAAAGUGAUCGAAUAUUUGAAACGAAAGCGGAAUCCGAACUUGCAAAAAAUCCAAUAGUGCUCGAGGCAGAACGCACGACUUUUGAUCAAAGU